AUGAAGACGAAUUUGUAUUCUUAUCUGCUUUUCCUAAUUAACUUAACUCAGUCGACGUCAUACAACAUCCUUGGUGUUUUUCCUCAUCCAGGCAAAAGUCAUGUGGAUGUUUUUAAACCGCUAAUGAAAGCCUUAGCUGAAAAUGGCCACAAAGUGACGGUAAUAAGUCAUUUUCCACUUAUCAAGCCCAUACCUAACUAUAAAGACAUACAUUUGGGAAGUAAAGAAGUGCUAGUGGAUGCAUUCGAUGUAAACAUUGCAGAAUCUUCUAGAUUUUGGAAAAUUAACCAUGUGCUCCUCUUAUCAUACAUUGCGAAUUCUUCUUGCGAAAACGGCCUUGCUUCAGAAGCCGUGCAAAAUUUCAUGAAGACGAAGGACAGGUAUGAUGUAAUGAUCACGGAAUUCUUCAACAGUGACUGUUUUCUGGGACUAGCUCACAGAGUCAAAGCUCCUAUUAUUGGACUGAGCUCUUCGACUUUAAUGUCAUGGACUUCCGAAAGAUUAGCAAACCCAGUGCAUACCGCCUACAUUCCCAAUAAUUUAAUGGAUUAUUCCGACAGAAUGACCUUCUUGGAAAGACUGGAAAAUACCGUUGUUACAUUGUAUCAUCAGUAUUAUUAUAAAUAUUUUAUGCUCAGUAGAGAUAAUGCUCUUAUUAGCAAACAUUUAGGUAAAAAAGCUGCGAAAGUGAAAGAGUUUAUCGCAAAUACUAGCCUUGUGUUGGUGAAUACUCAUUUUAGUUUAAACUUACCUAGACCCUUGGUGCCUAAUGUGAUAGAAGUGGGAGGCAUACAUAUAAGAAAUCAACGUCCGCUUUCAAAGGUAAGUGACUAA